UCAAAAUGAUUGUUCCAAAUUCAUAUAUUUCGGUUUUAAUAAAUUUUAUUGUUCAAACUUAUCACUAUGAUGCAACUAGUUUGUGUGUAAUUUUUAAUGAAAAUUUUCCAUUCACUCUGCAUCAAUCGGAAUCUAGCAAUUAUGUGGCCGUAAGGAGUCUCUAUAGACCCUCACUCAAUGAAGAUAAGGAGAUUCCUUUUGAUCAAUUGGAUGUGUUGUCGAAAUUCGAAGAAAAGUUAAAGGAAUCAAUUGAAUAUACUCAUUGUGAGAGUUUCAUUGCAUUUGAAGAGGAAAUUAUGAUAUUCGUUGGAUCUUUUAUGAAAUCAGUAUUGCAUUCAAAAUGGCGCUCAUUAAAAAAUAAAUUUCUAUUUGCUUACACUAAAGACAGAUUUAAAGAUACAUCAGAAUUUGAGCAACCAUUUUUUAAGGAUCUUAUCAAUAUUCUUCUAAUUGAAAUUGAAAAUGAAACAAUAUUCAAUUUGAAAACAAACAAAUUUGUUGGAAGUCGAAAAAAUCAUCCCGAAGAAUUAAUACUUUUAGAUCGAUAUUAUGGUGAAACAAAUACAUUUGAAUUUGGCAAUAAUAAUUUGUAUCCCGAUAGGAUUAAGGAUUUGAAAGGUCGUGAAUUAGUUUCAGCUGUAUUUGCUUAUGAACCAUUUGCAAUUCUUAAAAAUGCUACCGAAAAAAAUCAUUUCAUGGAUGUCAAAUAUGGAAAUGAAGAUCCUUCGAAAACUCUUCUUUAUGAUGGAACUGAUGCACAAAUUCUAUUUCAAUUAUGUCGAUUGUACAAUUGUACAAUUCAACUUGAUACAAGUGAAGAAGAAGAAUGGGGAUUUGUUUAUGAAAACUAUACUGCUGAUGGUGCCUUGGGACUUGUUUUUAACAGAAAAGCUGAUAUUAGUAUGAUGGCUAUGUAUAUGUGGUAUGACAACUAUCUACAUUUAGAUAUGUCAAGCGUUCUAUCUAGAUCUGGAGUAACUUGUCUAGUACCAGCACCAAGACGUGUCAUAAGUUGGUUACUACCAUUAGAACCAUUUCAUUGGAUUCUUUGGAUUGGAAUUGUUGGCUGUUUGAUUUUGGAAACAAUUGGUCUUCUAGUAACUUGUUGGGCUGAUAGAACAGAAAAUGUUUCAUUAACUGAAAGUACACAUUUUGGUUAUGUGACAAGUUUGAAAUUAUUUGUUUCACAAGGUUCAGAUUAUUUGCCAUCAUCGGUUUCGGUUAGAAUUGUCUUAUUUUCAUGCUACAUGAUUGAUAUUAUCAUAACGAGUAUUUAUAGUGGAGGAUUGGCAAGUAUUUUAACAAUACCAACUUUGGAAGAGGUUGCUGAUAGUGUUGAACGUUUGGCUAAGUUCAAACUUAUUUGGACUGCUACCGCAUACAAUUGGAUAUUGACUAUUAAUGGUUCUGAUAUGGAAUUAAUAAAUCAAGUUUUGCAAAAUUUUCGAGUUUAUAGUGCUGAAGAAAUCAAAGGAAAUCGAGAAUUGGCAAAGUCUAUUGGUUUUACUAUCGAAAGACUUGAUUUUGGUCACUUUGCAAUACCCGAUCAUUUGGACCAAGAACUUAUUGAUGGUUUAAAAUUGAUGAUUGAUGAUAUUUACUAUCAAUAUUGUGUUGCUUUUGUACCAAGAUCAUGGGCACUUUUGGAAAAAUUUGACAAUGUUAUGAUGAUGAUGCAUUCAAGUGGUUUGACUCAAUAUCUUGAAUGGAAGGUUGUUGCUGAUCAUAUGAAUGAAAAUUUACAAAAACAAGUCGAAUCAUCAGCUAAAACAAAUUUUGACAGUGUUGGCCCGGUAAAAUUAGGAAUGGAAAAUUUUGCUGGAAUUAUAAUUGUUUUGAUCGUUGGAAUAUUUAUCAGUACUUUAGCUUUUGUUGGAGAAAUUAUACAUUUUCGUUAUUACUAUAAGAAAAUUGUAUCUGAUCGAGAAUAGAAAAUUGAUUACUUGAUUAAUUUAAUUUUGAUUUAAUA